UCAGGUCAGACGUUGUGGGUGUUAGCUCUCGGCCUCAGUCCUCACAGUCACACCGUUGGCAUCCCAGAGUUCAAAUAUGUGGGUAACAUGCACGGAAACGAGGUUCUCGGCCGCGUGCUGCUGCUACAUCUGAUCGACGACCUGGUGCGUGGUUACCGUAACAACGAAACGUGGUCAUUGCAGUUACUGAACAGCACGCGCAUCCACAUCCUGCCGACCAUGAACCCCGACGGCUUCGACUCGUCUGACACAGACUGCACAUACGUUACCGGCAGGUUUAACUCUCGGGGCGUAGAUCUGAACAGGAACUUUCCGGAUGCUUUUGAUGCUUUGAAAAAGAGGCAGCAGAUGGACGAGGAGAAGAGGGAGGCAGAGGUGAGGGCCGUGAUGAGCUGGUUGAAGAUGGAGAGUUUUGUCCUCUCUGCAAACCUCCACGGAGGAGCUCUGGUGGCCAGCUAUCCUUACGACAACAGCAACGGAGGAUCCGAGCUCAUGGGCGGGGCCAGCGUCAGCCCUGAUAACGACGUCUUCAUCCACCUGGCCAAGGUGUACUCCUACAACCACGCCUCCAUGCACAAAGGCAACCGCUGCUCCGACAGCAGGCCGUUCCUGGAGGGCAUCACCAACGGGUACAAGUGGUACCCUUUAGAAGGUGGGAUGCAGGACUAUAACUACCUGUGGGCUCAGUGUUUGGAGUUGACUCUGGAGAUCUCCUGCUGUAAGUUUCCUCCGGUCUCAGAACUCCCCGCUCUGUGGACGGAGAACAGGAAGGCUCUGCGGGCCUUCAUCCAGCAGGUUCACCUGGGGGUCAAAGGUCAGGUGCUCAACGGCUCAGGUAUUCCAGUCCAGAAUGCACUGGUGGAGGUCGAAGGUCGCCCGAAUCUGUCUCCGUUCCAAACAGACAAACACGGAGAGUACUACAGAAUGCUGCUGCCGGGGAACUACACCUUCAAGGUGAGUUACCCGGGCCACAAGGUUCUAACAGAGACUCUAAACAUCCCGCAUGGUCCGGAUCAAUUCUGCGCCAUGAAACACGACUUCAGGUUACGACAGGUCACCUCAGCCAGCGGCAGCACUUCAGCUCAGCCCACGCAAACGCCCACCCUGAACCCCGCCCUAAACCUGGAGGGAGGCGGAGCCAUGAACAGACAAACAUGGACAGGGUUGGUUUUGAUAUUUGGGCUCUCAGGAGUGCUGCGAUCCCUCAUCAACUGAAGAAGAGAUUCAACCUUUAACCUGUAAGGAAUCACAGAACAGAGACAUGAAGUCCACCAGAGAGCACUGAAAGAGGGUGUUUGAACCCAGAUUCUGGGUUUGCUUUGUCCCCCCCUGAGAGGCUCUCAUAAAGGAGGGAACAGGAGUUAGCUACAGCAGCUAACUCCUCUCUGUGUAAUCCGAUGGAAGACAUUUUGAAACUUGAACAAAGCGGCGGUAUUGUUAGUGUUAUUGCUAACACUUAAACUCCCUACUAUUUACGUCACAUAUAUGUGCAUCUGAGCUGUUGUAGCUAGCAAGCUAAUACUUAGCAUGCUAGCAACCAGGAACAAGCUAGCCAGCUUCUGUACCAGAACAAAUUUGGUACUUGUUCUCCUAGAAAAAACCCACUGACACUGAUUAUUACUCUCAAAGGGAACGGCAAAACAACGUUUUACCUGGAGAGGUGAAGUCUAGCAAUCAUGCUAAAGCUAGCUGGUUUGCUAACCGGCAUGCUUUUGUGCCUGAAACAAUAACAAACAAAAUGUAUGUGAUCAAAUGAUUCUCUUUUUAAGACUCAAAGGAAUACUCGGCAAAGAACUGUAAACAUUUUUAACUAGCCUCCAACAAAGCUAGCUUGUAUGCUAACAAGACAAAGGACUUUCAUGUUCUCAUAUUUACCAGGGAAUCAUUUACAAAGCUGUCACUUUGAGCUAACAGCUAAUGAGGAAGAUGCUUAUGUUAGUUGGUAGCAACAUCCAAGAUGGUGUACGUGCGUGAAGAAUCUAAUGCAUGGUGAAUUCUGCAGAGCCGACAUCGAAGGGCCAAUCAGGGACAUCCCUGUUAUCGCUUGGCUUCCACAAACCAGUUCUCCUCGUGGAGACAGUUCUGACGUCUCCGUCUUAUCGUAGCUGCCUCACAACAACCUCCAGCCUUUACCGUCUGCCGUCCUCCUUCCUGCGUCUCACGCAGUCACAAGAAAACUUUAUCACAAUCACAGAAACUGAAAGUGCGACUCUCCUGCAGACUCCAUCAGAUAAACACUCUGGUGUUGUAGAUCUCCACAGGUCCUCCCUGCUGAGAUGUUCCUGCUCGGCUGUGAUCAGGCUGGACCGUGUGAUUAUAUAUACGAGGAGGAGGAUCUCUUUAAAUAAGCACUUACAGGGAUGCUGCCUCAGAAGAAGGAUUAUUGAAGGCAGAGAGAACAACAUUGCAGUAAUCAGGUGUUGAAAUUGUAACGAGGAGCUGUGAAAUGUAGUGGUUGUUAUGACGCCACACAUUAAUCAUCUUAACCCACUGAGGUGUGUUUGAUUUAUGACUCUGGAGAGUCGAGUCAUCAGACCUGUUCCAACAGGCGUUCAUUCUUUGUGCUCAGUUCACGCCGCGGAGGGUUAAAUCAUUCCAGUCAUGCCGACAGCUGUGGGUCCCACCUUUGGGGGGUUUGAGGUCCUCUAUGUGGUUUCAGAAAUGAGUCUGAGGGGUUGCGAAAUUAUUAAGAAGAAAGGAACCUCAUGGGACUUAUUCAAUACCUGUGAAAGUGAAGCAUCUGGAAUGUGUGCUGACAUUUUCUAUCUUCCUCUUUAAGUAAACUCUUGUUUACUUUUAGCUGUUAAAAAGUAAACCAAUCAGAUCAAAGAUAUCAGAUCAGAUCAAAUCUUGAAAACAGGUUGAGUGAGACGAUAACGAUGAACUCAAUUAGAUAAAGUAAACUCGUGUUUUAUCAAGAUGAAACCUUCAGUCUGUGAUCUUUAGGAAGAAUAACUUUGAUCCACAAGAACUGGACUAUCCAGAUCCAGGAUUACAGGCGCAAAAUGUAAGAUAACUUUCAGUAAAUUUGACAUUUCUUAAUAUUUAUUUUUUAUAUGCAACAGUGCAAAGACAUAAAAGUGCUCAAUAUUAAACAGAACAUCAAAGAAAGAAAAGAAAAGAAAAGGCA